AGACGUUAUCAUAUAUAACUCUAGUUUCUCUUGUCUUCAUCACAUAACACAAAGCAUAAAGACCGACAAACAAUUCCCACAUUUCUAUGGCAGAAAUCAUGGUAGCCGAGGCCCAUCAAGCUUGGUGCAAGGAGAUGGAGGCGUUCGAAGAAACUAAAGCUGGAAUCAAAGGCCUCGUGGAUUCCGGGGUUUCGAAGGUUCCUAGAAUCUUCGUGCAUCCUGAUCAAGAUAAGUUGCCGAAAGCGCCAAGUGACAGCUUACAAGUCCCGGUGAUUGAUCUCGAGGGGAUCGAUGUGAGACGGGCUGAAAUUGUUGGCCUAAUUCGCGGAGCUUGUGAAACAUGGGGGUGUUUUCAGUUGAUUAACCAUGGAAUGGAAGGGGGUAUUAUUGAUGCCACAUUGGAGGCCAUAAGGAAGCUGCAUGAGCAGCCUAAUGAGGCCAAGGCAGGGUUGUUUUCGGAUGACAGUAGUCAGCAGGUUCGGUUCUACACGACGAAUGGAUUGGUCGAUGAGUCGCGUCCAGGUCCGUGGAGAGAUGCCAUGGCCUGUGCUUUCUUGGAUGAUAAACUGGAUUCUGAGAAAAUUCCUGCAGUCUGCAGAAAGGAAAUGGAAGAUUAUGUGAAAUCGAUUAUCAAGAUCAGGGAUAACUUAUCUGAGUUACUGUCAGAGGCAUUAGGACUAAGCAGAGAUUACCUCGGAAGUCUAGAGUGCAUGAAAAGUGAGUACAUGACAUGGUUAUAUUACCCACCUUGCCCUGAGCCUCAUCUUACUUUCGGGGCUGGACAGCAUUCAGACCCGACCUUCCUCACUAUCAUACUCCAAGACACCAUCGGUGGCCUCCAAUUUCUCCAUCAGGAUCAUUGGGUUGAUGCAGUACCAAUUCCUGGAGCCCUCAUAGCCCAUGUAGGGGAUCUCAUGCAGGUUAUUUCAAAUGACAAGUUCAAGAGUGUAGAGCACAGGGUGCUGGCUAGAGCUGAUGAAACCAGGGUGUCAGCUGCAUGUUUCUUGUAUCCGAGUGCUCAGAAUAUUCAGAAGCCAUUUGGACCCAUAAAGGAGCUUAUAUCAGACACCAAUCCAUGCAUAUACAAGGAAGUUUUUCCCCUGGAAUACGCAACAUUUUACCAGACAAAACCAUUGGAUGGCUCAUCAGCUCUUUCUCAUUAUAAGCUAGAGCUUAAUGGCAAUCAAGAGAAUGCACAACCAGCAUAACAACAUCUUCCUGGAAAAUGUUACCAGUGUUGAGUCAAAAUGCUGCAAAACUUAACAGUAACAUAGGGAGAAAAAUCUACUCUUGUUUAUAUAUGUUCCAUCAUCGUGUUCUUCGUUGUCUUGAGCUCUAAAUUUGUUGCACUUUCGUUCAUUUGUAUAUCUUUCUACUUUACAUUUUCUUCUUUCGCGGUGUGUAUUUCACAAGGGGAUUUCACUGUAAUUUAAUUUAUUGUUCGAAUUUCUCGUACUGAAUUUCAGUGAUGCUAGUGUAACUGCUUGGUAUUUAUAAUUCUAAAGCAAA